AUGAUAAACCACGCGCCAUUAGUGAGAGUAGUGUUUGAUCCUUUCAGGUAUUCCUGGUUAAAGAAAGAGUUUACUGUGGGUUUGGAUUUGGUUUCGUCUCCGGUCUCACUAGCUUUCUUCCCGAUCGCUUCAUACAAUUCACUCAGAUCGGUGUUUCCGAUCUUCGUGACUGAUCCCUCUGUUCUUCUCUCUCGUAUCUUAAAAUAG